ACUUGGUGUUUCAAAACAUAUUUUUUAAGAAAAAUGAGAUAAAUCAACAAUUAUGAGACCUCUUACAGAAGAAGAAACGAAAACUUUCUUUGAUAAACUUUCCAAAUACAUUGGUGAAAAUAUAAAACUACUUAUAGACAGACCAGAUGGAUCUUACUGCUUUAGACUUCACAGAGAUAGAAUAUUUUAUGUCAGGGAGGAUCUGAUGAAGAAAGCUGGCAAUGUCUCCAGGAAAAACCUCCUCAGUAUGGGGACAUGCUUUGGAAAAAUGACAAAAUCUGGAAAAUUUCGUCUGCAAAUAACAGCGUUGGAUUUUAUGGCUCCUUAUGCAAAGCAUAAGAUCUGGCUGAAGCCUAAUGCUGAACAGCAGUUUGUAUAUGGCCAUCAUGUAAUGAAGUCUGGCUUAGGUCGAAUCACAGCGAAUACCUCCCAGUAUGAAGGAGUGGUAGUUUAUAGCAUGAAUGACCUCCCUUUGGGUUUUGGGGUGGCUGCCAAAUCCACUCAAGACUGCCGCCAUGCUGACCCCAUGACCUUGGUGGCAUUUCAUCAGGCUGAUAUAGGAGAGUACAUCCGAAAUGAGGAGGCUUUAUUAUAGACAACAGAAUUGUCAGUCACUUACAGUCAGGACUGGUGUUCAUCACUAUUUGGACUAUUCCUCUAUUAUGCAAUAUCAUAAACUUGUACUGAUUGAAGAAUAAUGGACAAAUCAUUAUGUGAAUCAUCAUUUAUUUCAUGUCAUUUGUAAUACUGCCUUUAAGGCUUGUAUGUUCCUCACAUAACCUUGUUGAAAAUAAAAGCUAGAAUAACAA